UGAACACUGUGGGCUGUAUGAAGACUGUGAAGUCUUUGAACAGAGUGAGUCUUCUGAAUGCCACAUGUUUCCUGAUCCAUGUGAGUCAUCUCAAGAGUUUGGGGUCUCUGAACAAUUUGAGCUUUCUGAAGAAAGCGAGUCCACUGAAGAAAGUGAGUACACUGAACAAAGUGAGUACAGUGAGCACAAUGAGCCCUUUGAAGAAAGUGAGUACUCUGAACAAAGUGACUGUACUGAACAAAAUGAGGCCUCUGAGGAAAGUGAAUCCUGUGAACAAAGUGAGUACACUGAACAAGACGAAGCCUCUGAAGAAAGUGAGUUUUCUGAACAAAGUGAAUAUAAUGAACAAAAUGAGGCCUCUGAAGAAAGUGAAUCCUGUGAACAAAGUGAGUACAGUGAGCACAAUGAGCCCUCUGAAGAAAGUGAGUUCUCUGAACAAAGUGAAUAUAAUGAACAAAAUGAGGCCUCUGAGGAAAGUGAAUCUUGUGAACAAAGUGAGUACACUGAACAAGACGAAGCCUCUGACGAAAGUGAGUUUUCUGAACAAAGUGAAUAUAAUGAACAAAAUGAGGUCUAUGAGGAAAGUGAAUCUUGUGAACAAAGUGAGUACACUGAACAAGACGAAGCCUCUGAAGAAAGCGAGUUUUCUGAACAAAGUGAAUAUAAUGAACAAAAUGAGACCUCUGAGGAAAGUGAAUCCUGUGAACAAAGUGAGUAUACUGAACAAGACGAAGCCUCUGAAGAAAGCGAGUUCUCUGAGCCAAGUGAAUAUAAUGAACAAAAUGAGGCCUCUGAGGAAAGUGAAUCCUGUGAACAAAGUGAGUACACUGAACAAGACGAAGCCUCUGACGAAAGUGAGUUCUCUGAACAAAGCGGGUCCUUUGAAUCAUGUGAGGUCUCUGAAAAGUUCAAGUUUUCUGAGCAAAUUGAGCCUUUAGAACAAAGUAAGCUACCUGAAACAAGUGAGUUAUGUGAACAGAGAGAGCUCUCUGAAGAGGGUUCAUCUUCUGAACAGUGCGAGCCAUCAGAGGAAAGUGAAUACACUGAAGAAAGUGAGUACACUGAGCAGAGUGAUCCCUCUGACGAAGGAGAGGUCUCUGAACAAAGUGAAUCCUUUGAGCAAAGCGAGAUGUGCGACCACAGUGAGCUUUGUGAACAAAGUCAGUACACUGAACAAAGUGAGCUGUCUGAAGGAAACAAGCUCUCUGAACGUCAGUUCUCUGAACAUUGUGGUCCCACUGAGCAAAGCAACUUGUCUGAAUUCUGUGAGAGGUCUGAACACAGCAUGCUUUCUGAUCACCCUGAGCUGCGUGGACAUCCUGAGCUCUUUGAUCACAGUGAGACCUCUGCGCACAGUGAGCAGUUUGAGGUCUCUGAUCAACAAAGCCUUUCUGAGCAAUCUGUGCUCUCUGAAUAUCAUGGGUCCUCUGAGAAAAACGAGGCAUCUGAAGACUACGGGCUCCCUAAACACAGUGAGUUUGCUGAACACCCUGAACUCUCUGAGCAAAGUAGGCGGUCUGAAGACCAAAUGGCCGUUGAAGGCAGUGAUACGUCCAAACAUAGCGAAUUAUCUGAACAAAAUGAGCUCUCAGAAGUACAUGAGCUCCACGGGGAUAGCGAGCCCUCUGAAUAUUUUGUGAUUUCUCCUCAAAUGUCAUUUUCGGAGCACUCGGAUGUCUCUGAGGAAAGUGAGCUGUCUGAACACACCGAGCUCUCUGAGCACCACAGUUUCCCUGAACGGGAGAACUCGGAACGCCAUGAGCUCCAAGACGAAGACGAGCUCUCUGAGUACUUUGUGAUAACUCAGCAAAGAAAACCCCCUGAACACUCGGAGGUCCCCGAGGAAAGAGAACUUUCUGAGCAAAGCGAGGACUCGGAGCCCUGUGAGUGCGAGUUCUGUGUGCCGCCAGUAGGACAGGACCAGGUCCCGGCAAAGCCAUUGCUUCCACAGAUAAAGUCUAAAGAUGUAGGGAAAAUCUGCGUUGUCAUUGAUCUGGAUGAAACACUAGUGCAUAGUUCAUUCAAGCCAGUGAACAAUGCCGAUUUUAUCAUUCCAGUGGAAAUAGAUGGAACUGUUCAUCAGGUGUACGUGUUGAAGCGACCCCACGUGGAUGAGUUUCUCAAACGGAUGGGAGAAUUAUUUGAGUGUGUGUUGUUCACUGCAAGCCUAGCCAAGUAUGCAGAUCCGGUGUCAGACCUGCUGGAUAAGUGGGGGGCCUUCCGCAGCCGGCUCUUCCGGGAGUCCUGCGUUUUUCACCGUGGCAACUACGUCAAGGACCUCAGCCGUCUGGGCAGGGACCUCAACAAGGUCAUCAUCGUGGAUAACUCUCCAGCUUCCUACAUCUUCCACCCAGACAAUGCUGUACCUGUAGCCUCAUGGUUUGACGACAUGUCCGACACAGAGCUGCUCGAUCUCAUCCCCUUCUUCGAGAAACUGAGUAAAGUGGACGAUGUCUAUACAGUGCUGAAGCAGCAGAGGACUAUAAGUUAACGCAAUCGCAAGGGGCAUUCACCAGGGGCCAGGGAGGCCGGUGGGCACCGGCCCCACGCCGCCUCCCGCUGGACAGACUGGCUACUGUCUUUGUCCUCAACACCCACCCAGAAUUCCAUUCACAGGAAGUGUGGAGCUGGAGCAAGCGCAGCAGGCUUCAGUUCAGAAGAGCGACAAUGCCGUGGAGAACCUCUUUAAUACAAACAAAAAAAAUGUAUAGAUAAUUUUUAACACUUGAAUAUGUGCUAUUCCUUUUUUUUGUUACUUUUUUUUCUUCUUCAAGACAAGUUUGAGGGAGGGCCCUGUUUUAACGGGACAGUGGUGAUCCUUAUAAAACAGGUGAUGCAGCCCUUUUAAUGUAUAAUCAGUGAUAAAAGACAGUAUAUGUUUAAAGUAGCUAUAUAAUUUCACAACUGUAACUCAGUGGGCUUGCAUCUUGGGUUAAACUUCACUCAUUCCCACUUUUAAUGAGUUGACCUCAAAUGCCCUAGUAAGUCUCUGAACAAAAUCGAAAAUGGCAAUCAUGCAAAAGUAGCUUGGAAUGUGCUGAUUCAUUUUAAACCCACCUGUAAUGAUAUAAAAUUAAAGGCAAUAUCACAGUAUUCACAAUGUUUAACAAGAUAAUCCUGUUCAACUCACCAUGUAAACAAUUUUAAAGUAUGCCAAAGCAUCGUUGUAUGCUUUCAAUAUUUUCACUACUUUUUUUGUUAUUAGUGAACCAAGUCUUAAGUUCAACCAGUGUUAUAAGUCAAAGCUGAUCUAUCACCAAUUGUAGCAUAUAAUGUAAAACGCCUAAAAGCCUUUACUCUUAUUUCUCGGUUCCAGUCAGUAACUAAAUCGAAGAUUCCUAAUUAUGUUCCCUUGUUUGUACCAUGUUGUCUUUUUAAACCUUAGCAUGUGAUAGAUAAUGUCCGGCAGGCAGUGCAGGAGAGAGGAGGCCCUCUCUCUGGGGUGCAGUCGAGGUGCCUUAGAGAACAGAACUUUCAGCUUUUUUCUGGCUGAUACAUUCAAAGGCCGAGGGCACUUCUCAGCCCGGCGCCUUUCUCUGUCUGCUCAUCCUUCUGUCUGCAGUCUAGCAGACAGACCCGCAAGUGCCAAUGUGGAUGUCACGGAUAUAUUUUUCUACAAAUAUCAGGAUGAAAACAGGACAGGUCCAUUAUGUUUUUUUUUUUGUUGUCAUGUUGUCCAUUUUUGUAAUUCUUCAUGUUUUUUAAUAGAACAGAUGUUGGUUUAAGCAAACGGUGCCUUUGUGCCCUUGCAGUGUUAGUACUGUGCCAACAUUAAAAAUGUAUUGUAGUACAUCAAGGCUUAAAGAGCAAUGUAUGUGAAAAUGACAUUCGAUUUUGACAAAGCACAGUGGUAUCCUCCCCGCGCAAUCUUCAUAACUUGAAUUAGGCUUUCUCCUGUUCUUUUUGCGGUUAUUUAGGUGGCAUUAUGUGUAAUUUGCUUUGUGGACUCUGUAAGCGUGUAAUGUGUAAGUAGCUUUUUUUCACUGCAGUUCUUCAGUUUUGCUUCUGGCACAAGUUGUGACGAAGGUGAAUCGGUACUUUCCUGAAACAAAUGUGAUCUGUGCUGAAUCUGAACUUUACAUCAAAACUUUGACCAGAUUGCAAAUCAACAGAGAAUGGAUUUUGAUUGAUUUUUUUUUAUUAUUUCUUUCCCCACAACUGACAGCUCUGCAUUAUUUGAAAUAACUGUUAUUAGCUCAUGAUCUGAUAUUUUGAUAAGAGGGUGGAUGUGAUUCUAGCCAUAAAAUGAAAAUGAGUGUCUGACCUACAUUUGCAGAAGAUUUCUGCUUGUUUUUCCUCCAUGAAUUCCAUAUGCUGGCUGGUGAAGAUAGUGUAUGGGUUAGACAGCACAAAGAUACUCCGAUGCCGCCCCCCGCAGCAGUGCCAGGAGGUGUUCAUUCUGGACUCACAGUCUGUUUUGCCAUUCCGUAUGUACAUGCAAUACAUCUAGUAUUUGACAGUGUCAUUUUCAGACCACUUUGCUCUUUAAGAAUGUCUAAAGCCGUGUUCAAGGCUGGGGUGAGGAUGAUUCAUACACCAUUUUGGGGGAUCCCUGUGUUUUUUUCCCUCCUUCUUUGAAACUAAUAUAAUGCUGAAUAGAAUUGAGAAAUGGGUUAAAAUGGGUACAUGGUCUUACUGUCUUGGCUCAAUGGACACUUGUUCUCUUGCCUGUGUUCUAGUUCAUAUGGUUGAACUCUCCAAAAUGCUUUUAAAAUAUAUCCAUAAGUGAAUAUGGGAUCAUCAAAAUGGUACAAGUAGUAUAUUCAAAGCCUACAGUAUUGAGUGCUACAGUAUUCAGAUUGUGAUUACUGUGGUUAACACUGAAAACUCUGUAAAAGGAGAUGUUCAGCUAAACAGACAUGAGAAAGACAAGUGGUCAGUACUAUGAAACCCUCUGUACACUCUUCUCUGUAAAUAUAAAUCUUGGGCAAGGAAUUAUCAUGUUAGAACCAAAACCUGUGUCCACCCCCCCUUAUAAUCCACUGGCCUAUUGCACAGAUAGUGCCUUAUGUCCAGGAAAGUGCCUGCAUUCGAGAGUUACAGCGUACAGUUGGUAGUAAUGGACAGCCUGAAAACUACUUUGAAAGAAUUUGCUGGCUUGCCACUGUGGCCUUUGGGUUCCCUGGUAUUCUUGGAAAAGAAAGGACAAACAGACAUGUACUCUUGUCAUGCAGUUGUUUAUUUAUGUGCCCCCAGCCUUUUACUGUAUUUUCCCCUAUAUUUAAACACAU